AUGCAAUUUUGUAGAAACUGCAUAUGGCUCUUGUUUUUGUCAAUCUUUUCGCAGUUCAGACUUCGAAACAUGUUCAACCCACGAAUCGGCGUCUUUGGCAUAUUGAUGCUUUUGUUCGGAAGUAGCGCUAUGGGAUUGGAGGUAUUUGAUGGUGCAUGUCCAUCAAACAUGACAGCCGUUGGUGAAUUCUAUAUGGACUACUACGUGGGCAAAUGGUACACGUACUCAAUGUAUCCAUUCCUUUAUAAAAAAAUGAACAAAUGUCGAACGAUCAAAAUUGAUAAGUUGCCCAAUGGUAAAUUUCACGAAACAAUGACGGAGCUACACAGCUUAAAGGAGACUUUGAUAGUAAAAAAAACGGAUAUUGAUUCCGUGGAUUCAAAGGCUGGUAAAUUCACAUUGAAAACAUCAUCGCCUGCCUUUGUUGGUGGCCUGGACAUAUAUGUGCUGGUCACUGACUAUGAUAACUUUGCUAUACAGUUCUUGUGCAUUGAUUCCAAUUACGUUAUUAACUUUCAAUAUGCUGCCAUACUGACACGCCAACGAUCACCAUCGCAGACCGUUGUAUUCGAGGUUCAACAAAUCGCCAAACGAUUAGGUAUACAUAUUGAUAAACUGAAAAUCGUUCCUCAGAAUGGCUGCCCACCCGAUGCAUAACAUUAACUUGGGUUUAUUUCAUACCAUCAUAAGUAUAAUCAUAUUUAAUUUAUUUCAAAUGUAAUCAAAUCAAAUGACACUUAAAGUAAUAUAUUUACUUUUGAAUCACAUAGUUUCAAUCAAAAC